AUGCCAAGAUUGGCUGGAAUUUUAGAAGCCCUCAAUGAAGAAGAAAUUGAAAGACGCAGGUUUAAAAGAAAAAUGCGUACUAGGUACCUCCAAAGAUCCAUUCCCGACUUCGAGUUUGUAUCUAAAUACAGACUCAGUCGGGAAGUCUUCGAGAAUCUUUGUCAGUAUGUGAUUCUCACUGCAUUAAAUUUUUAUGCCAGUGGUAGCUUCCAGGGUGCAGUCGGACAAAAUUUAGACACCACUAUGGCUCAGCAGUCUGUCUCAAACUGCAUCAGGGAUGUAACAGAUGCCCUAAAUACACCCUAUAUACUAAGGAAAUAUAUAAGAUUUCCUCAGUCCAGGGAAGACAGGAACAUAUUGAAGAGAAUUUUUGCUACACAGUAUGGUAUCCCUGGUGUUAUAGGAUGUAUCGACAGUACCCAUGUAGCUAUAAUUCGGCCAACAGUCAAUGAAGAGAGAUUUUUCAAUAGAAAACAUUACCACUCUUUAAAUGUUCAAGUUAUUGCUGACAGUAAUUUAAAAAUUAUGAAUAUUGACGCCUCUUAUGGUGGUGCCACUCAUGAUGCAUUCAUUUGGGAGCAUAACGAGAUCAAAGAUCAUUUGGAGAGUCUUCAAGGAGAAACAACUUAUUUGCUGGGUAAAUAA